AUGGCCAAGAUCAAGUCAAUUGAGUACUUCCGGGUGAAGCCCCGGUGGCUAUUCGUCAAGGUCUGCGACGAGGAAGGCCGCUUCGGCUGGGGCGAGGGCACACUGGAAGGACACUCUCUGGCCGUGGAGGGUGCGCUGGACGAGAUCAUUGCUCGCAUUGUCGGCUAUGAAGCAGAUGACAUCGAGCACAUUUGGCAAACAGUAUGGCGUCUCGGAUUCUACCGUGGGGGUCCCGUUUUCAUGUCCGCUUUGGCCGGAAUCGAUAUUGCGCUAUGGGACCUGAAGGGCCGACGACUGGGAGUGCCGGUAUACCAGCUGCUCGGAGGCAAGGUACGCAAUAAGGUCCAGGUCUACGCGUGGAUUGGAGGCGACCGUCCGAGCGAUGUGGCGGCCGCAGCAAAGGCGCGCAUUGCCCAAGGCCUCAAAUGCGUCAAGAUGAAUGCGACCGAAGAUGUUAACUGGCUUGACUCCCCGGCCGUUUUGCAGUCCUGCGUCGAACGGCUAAAGCAGGUCAAGGCACUGGGACUCGAUGCCGGCCUUGAUUUCCAUGGCCGUCUCCAUCGACCCAUGGCCAAGCAGCUGGCACAGGCGCUGGAGCCUUACAAGCCUCUCUUCAUCGAAGAGCCGCUGCUUUCCGAGCAUCCCGAAGCCAUCAAGCAGAUGUCGGGCCUCACCUCCAUCCCAAUUGCGUUAGGUGAGCGUCUCUACACCCGGUGGGACGUCAAACGGUUCCUGGAAGACGCAUCAGUCGACAUCCUGCAGCCGGACAUUGCUCAUGCAGGAGGCAUCUCCGAGACGAAACGUAUUGUCUCGAUGGCCGAGGCAUACGAUGUAGCCAUCGCACCGCACUGCCCCCUGGGCCCGAUUGCCCUGGCAGCCUGUAUGCAAAUCGCCGUGUCCUCCCCGAACUUCGUCAUCCAGGAAAUGUCGUUGGGCAUGCACUACAAUAUUGAGGCGGGGCAUAUUGAUCUGAACAGUUACCUAGUUGACAAGACGGUCUUCGAUAUCAAGGACGGAUACGUGGCGGCUCCCUCCAAGCCCGGCCUGGGCGUGGAAAUUGACGAGGAACUGGUCCGGAAGAUCAGCAAGGAGACGGAGCCGUGGCAGCCCAAGGAGUUCUACGGGCCUGAUGGGUCAAUUCGUGAAUGGUAA